AUGUCUGAUGAUAUAUAUCAAUAUCGUUAUAAUUUAGAUUUUCUUUCAUCAUGUGACCCUUCGACAAAAGAUGCCCUUAAAAACAAUAUCACAACCGAAGUUGAUAAAUAUUAUGACAUUCGUCUUGAUUGGUCAGGUGCUUUAGAAAUCAUAGCAUUAAUAUUAUCAAGUUUUACAUUAGUUACACAAAUCAUCUAUCUAAUUUCUACAUAUCGCAAUCGAAUUGGUUAA